AUGGUUGGUACUGUCGCAAGCAUACCAAGUGAAACCAAAGUCCGGAAGGUAAAGGCCCCUGACGGUGGAAGAGGCUGGUUUGUCGUGUUCGCUGCACUCGCUUUUAAUAUCAUUUUCGACGGAUGCUGUAAUUCAUUUGGAAUCCUCUUUAUAAAAAUUCUAGAAGAGUUUAAUGAAACAAAAAGUAAUACAGCAUGGACAGGUUCCUUAUUUUUCUCUACGCCAUUAUUGCUCGCACCAAUAGCAGGAAUGAUAACAAGAAACAUCGGUUCUCGUUUGGCAACGAUGUUGGGAGGACUGAUUGCCACAGUUGGGUUUGCAGUUGGAUCACUAUCUAAUUCCAUACCUAUGUUGCUGAUAUUCUAUGGAUUAGUAGGCGGAACUAGAAUGUCAUUGCCCUACUUUAACUCCAUCAAGGUAGUGACAGAUUAUUUCGAUAAAAGGCUGGUUCUUGCGUCUGGUAUAGCAGAGUGUGGUUCUGGACUCGGAACACUCAUAUUUGGUCCUUUAACAGAGUACCUCGUCACAGCGUAUGAAUGGAGGGGUGCUCUCUUUAUAAUAAGUGGGAUAGCAUCAAACAUUAUUGUUUGUGGUGCUUUGUUUUGUCCGGUAAGGCCAAAUAAAAAGAAACCUAGCAGUUACAAAUGUACUUCACUGUAUUUCCCAUGUAGUUGCUGCUUCAGUUCAAGAUAUCCAGAGGAUAUAUCGGAAUAUACUGUCGCUGAUGUACCGAAUGAUUGGAAACCCCGUGCCAAAUUACGGCGUUUGUACUUAUCCAAACUGAAAAACGUUCCGUUUUUAGUGUUUGCAUUUUCAAAUUUUAUAGUUACUUUCUGGUAUGACGUAACUUACAUUUUCAUAGUUUCAAACACCGUCGACAUUGGAAUAAGUUUGCGAAAGACGUCUUACCUUUUGUUAAUUAUCGGAUUCGCCCAUUUGUUUGGUAUAAUCGGUUAUGGCGUCCUUUGUAACAGGGAGUGGAUUAACCGUACGGUGGUUUAUGGGCUAUCUAGCGUUGUGAGCGGUGCAUCUGUUCUACUAGUUCCUAUAUUUAAGGGAUACGUUCCACUUGUAAUUUUGUCGGGGUGUUUUGGAUUAUUUUCCGCAGCAACGGAAGCUCUGUUUUCAUAUGUAUUGAUAGAUUUCUCAGAUUUAGACAAUCAAACUGAAAACGAUCAGCUUUAG